AAAACGAUCUAGAUAAUCGCCCGCAGAGUUGCUCGAUCUGCGGAGUGAAUGUGCCGUGCGAACAUCGUCAUAGAAGAGACAGUUUGAUCGAAUUAAAAGUCGUGCGCCGGCCCCUCCAACUUCGACCAUGGUUGGCGCACCGCGCUUCACCCAGAAACCGUCCAUUCAGCAGACACCUACUGGUGAUCUGCUGAUGGAAUGUCAUCUUGAGGCGGAUCCACAACCAACGAUCGCCUGGCAACAUUCUGGAAAUCUUCUGGAACCAUCUGGAAGAGUUGUGCAGACACUUACCCCGUUAGGAGGAAGUCUGUACAAGGCAACAUUAGUGAUCAAGGAACCAAAUGCCGGCGACGGUGGUGCCUACAAAUGCACAGCAAGAAAUCAAUUGGGUGAAUCGAACGCCAAUAUCAAUUUGAACUUCGCUGGUGCCGGAGGAGAUGAAGCCAAGUCCCGUGGCCCAUCUUUUGUCGGAAAACCACGAAUUAUUCCAAAAGAUGGUGGAGCUCUGAUUGUGAUGGAAUGCAAAGUUAAAAGUGCAUCCACACCAGUCGCAAAAUGGAUGAAAGAUGGAGUCCCAUUGAGUAUGGGCGGUCUCUAUCACGCCAUUUUCAGUGAUCUCGGAGAUCAAACCUACUUGUGUCAACUGGAAAUUAGAGGUCCGUCAUCAUCUGACGCAGGACAAUAUCGAUGUAAUAUUAGAAACGAUCAAGGAGAAACGAAUGCCAAUUUGGCAUUGAAUUUCGAAGAACCCGAUCCAUCCGAACGUCAAGAGAGAAAAAGAUCCACAGCUUCACCAAGACCAUCGUCCCGUGGUCCAGGUAGUCGUCCGUCUUCUCCGAAAAAAUCAAUGAAAUCGAGGGAAGGAACUCCAAAACGUACCCUGAAACCAAGAGAGGGUUCCCCAUCGAAAAAGUUGAGAUCCCGAACUUCAACCCCAGUCAACGAAGAAGUCUCUCAAUCGGAGUCCCGCCGAUCGAGUAGAACUGAUAAAAUGGAAGUGGAUCAAGUAUCAGGUGCAUCGAAACGAAAGCCUGAUGGACUUCCACCUCCGGGAGGUGAUGAGAAGAAGCUUCGAGCAGGUAGUCCCUCUACUCGAAAGUCUCCAUCAAGAAAGAGCGCAUCACCAACACCAUCUAGAAAAGGAAGCAGUGCUGGAGGAGCUGCUUCCGGUACGACAGGAGCAUCUGCAUCUGCAACAUCAGCAACAUCUGGUGGAUCUGCAUCCUCUGAUGCCUCGCGUGACAAAUACACAAGGCCGCCAAUCGUUCUCGAAGCCAGUAGGUCCCAGACUGGUCGAAUCGGUGGAUCUGUCGUUUUGGAGGUACAAUGGCAGUGUCAUUCAUCAACAAUUAUUGAGUGGUAUAGAGAUGGUACAUUGGUCAGAAAUUCUUCCGAAUAUUCACAGUCGUUCAAUGGAUCAAUAGCUAAACUGCAAGUGAACAAGCUGACCGAAGAGAAAUCGGGUCUCUAUAAAUGUCAUGCAAAGUGUGACUAUGGAGAAGGUCAAAGCAGUGCAAUGGUCAAAAUCGAACAGUCUGAUGUGGAAGAAGAACUCAUGAAGCAUAGAAAAGACGCGGAGGAUGAAUAUCAAAAAGAAGAACAGAAAUCGCAGACGCUUCAAGCUGAAACCAAAAAGCGAGUGGCGAGACGAAGCAAGUCAAAGAGUAAGAGUCCGGCACCCCAAGCCAAAAAGAGUACAACAUCUGAAAGUGGCCGUCAAGAAGCUUCGGAAGUCGAACACAAAAGAAGCUCAAGUGUUCGGCCUGAUCCAGAUGAGGAAUCUCAGUUGGACGAGAUCCCAAGUUCGGGUCUGACGAUCCCAGAGGAGCGCCGUCGAGAAUUAUUGGGUCAGGUCGGAGAAAGUGACGACGAGGUAUCCGAGUCGAUAUCCGAACUACCAUCAUUCGCCGGAGGCAAGCCUCGCCGCAAGACUGAUGAUAAACCAAAGAAAGUCAGCAUUGCUCCGGUUUCAACCAACAAAUCGUCCGACGAUGAACCGUCUACGCCACGUAGACGCUCUAGUAUCGACAUGAGACGUGAAUCUGUUCAAGAAAUUCUUGAAAAGACGUCGACACCGCUCGUCCCAAGCGGUGCUUCAGGCAGUGCUCCAAAAAUCGUCGAAGUCCCAGAAAACGUCACAGUCGUUGAGAACGAAACUGCAAUCCUAACGUGCAAAGUGUCGGGUAGUCCCGCCCCCACUUUCCGUUGGUUCAAAGGUAGUCGUGAAGUUAUCAGUGGAGGUCGCUUCAAGCAUAUUACCGAUGGAAAAGAACAUACUGUGGCGUUGGCAUUACUUAAGUGCCGAUCCCAGGAUGAAGGUCCCUACACCCUGACAAUCGAAAACGUGCAUGGAACCGACUCGGCUGACGUCAAACUGUUGGUCACUUCGGAUAAUGGUCUCGAUUUCCGAGCCAUGCUAAAACACAGAGAAUCACAAGCUGGCUUCCAAAAAGACGGAGAAGGAGGCGGUGCUGGUGGUGGUGGCGGUGAGAAGAAGCCAAUGACCGAAGCCGAGAGAAGACAGUCCCUCUUCCCCGGAAAGAAGGUUGAAAAAUGGGAUAUUCCACUUCCAGAGAAGACCGUUCAACAACAGGUUGACAAAAUCUGUGAGUGGAAGUGUACCUACUCACGUCCAAAUGCCAAAAUUCGUUGGUACAAGGACAGAAAAGAGAUCUUCUCCGGAGGUCUCAAAUACAAGAUCGUUAUCGAAAAGAACGUGUGCACUCUGAUUAUCAACAAUCCAGAAGUCGAUGACACCGGAAAGUACACCUGUGAGGCUAACGGAGUACCAACUCAUGCUCAGCUUACUGUACUUGAACCGCCGAUGAAGUACAGUUUCCUGAACCCGUUGCCGAAUACACAGGAGAUCUACCGUACUAAGCAAGCAGUGCUCACAUGUAAAGUGAACACACCACGUGCUCCAUUGGUAUGGUACCGUGGAAGCAAGGCUAUUCAAGAAGGAGAUCCACGAUUCAUUAUUGAAAAGGAUGCCGUCGGUCGUUGUACACUUACAAUCAAGGAAGUUGAGGAAGACGAUCAAGCUGAAUGGACUGCUAGAAUCACACAAGACGUGUUCUCAAAGGUUCAAGUGUACGUUGAGGAGCCACGGCAUACAUUCGUUGUUCCAAUGAAGUCGCAAAAAGUCAACGAAAGUGAUUUGGCAACAUUGGAGACUGAUGUUAACGACAAGGAUGCUGAAGUUGUUUGGUGGCAUGAUGGAAAGAGAAUCGAUAUUGAUGGAGUGAAAUUCAAGGUUGAAUCUUCAAACAGAAAGAGAAGACUUAUUAUCAAUGGAGCUAGAAUUGAAGAUCAUGGAGAGUAUAAGUGUACAACUAAGGAUGAUAGAACUAUGGCUCAGCUCAUCGUUGAUGCUAAGAAUAAGUUCAUCGUUGCUCUCAAAGACACUGAAGUUAUUGAGAAGGAUGAUGUUACAUUGAUGUGUCAGACAAAGGACACAAAAACUCCUGGAAUUUGGUUCCGUAAUGGAAAACAAAUUUCCAGUAUGCCCGGAGGAAAGUUCGAAACUCAAUCGAGAAACGGAACUCAUACUCUUAAAAUCGGAAAGAUCGAGAUGAACGAGGCUGAUGUUUAUGAAAUCGAUCAGGCAGGACUACGUGGAUCUUGCAAUGUGACUGUUCUCGAGGCAGAAAAGCGUCCAAUUCUCAACUGGAAGCCAAAGAAAAUCGAAGCAAAGGCUGGAGAACCAUGUGUUGUGAAGGUUCCAUUCCAAAUCAAGGGAACACGACGUGGAGAUCCAAAGGCUCAAAUUCUGAAGAAUGGAAAGCCAAUCGAUGAAGAAAUGAGAAAGCUAGUUGAAGUUAUUAUCAAGGAUGAUGUGGCUGAGAUUGUUUUCAAAAAUCCACAACUUGCUGAUACAGGAAAGUGGGCUCUCGAACUCGGAAACUCGGCUGGAACAGCACUUGCUCCAUUCGAGUUGUUCGUUAAGGACAAGCCGAAACCACCAAAGGGUCCACUUGAAACCAAGAAUGUUACUGCUGAAGGUCUUGAUCUCGUCUGGGGAACUCCAGAUCCAGAUGAGGGAGCUCCAGUUAAAGCAUACAUCAUUGAAAUGCAAGAGGGAAGAAGUGGAAACUGGGCUAAAGUUGGAGAGACUAAGGGAACAGACUUCAAGGUUAAGGAUCUUAAAGAACAUGGAGAAUACAAGUUCAGAGUCAAGGCUCUUAAUGAAUGCGGACUCUCUGAUCCACUCACAGGAGAAUCUGUUCUUGCCAAAAAUCCAUACGGCGUUCCUGGAAAACCAAAGAACAUGGACGCAAUUGAUGUUGACAAGGAUCACUGUACCCUUGCAUGGGAACCGCCAGAGGAGGAUGGAGGUGCUCCAAUCACUGGUUACAUCAUUGAAAGAAGAGAGAAGUCCGAGAAAGAUUGGCAUCAAGUUGGACAGACCAAACCAGAUUGUUGUGAACUGACUGAUAAGAAGGUUGUCGAAGAUAAGGAAUACUUGUACAGAGUAAAAGCAGUCAACAAGGCUGGACCAGGAGACCCAUGUGAUCAUGGAAAGCCAAUCAAGAUGAAAGCCAAGAAAGCUUCUCCAGAAUUCACUGGUGGAGGCAUCAAGGAUCUUCGUCUUAAGGUCGGAGAAACUAUCAAGUACGACGUUCCAAUUUCUGGAGAACCACUCCCAGAAUGUCUUUGGGUGGUUAAUGGAAAACCACUGAAGGCUGUUGGAAGAGUCAAGAUGUCUUCUGAAAGAGGAAAGCAUAUCAUGAAGAUCGAAAAUGCAGUUCGUGCUGAUUCCGGAAAGUUCACUAUCACUUUGAAGAACUCUUCUGGCUCAUGCGACUCGACCGCCACGGUCACUGUCGUUGGAAGACCAACUCCACCAAAGGGUCCACUCGAUAUUGCUGAUGUUUGUGCCGAUGGUGCAACCCUUUCCUGGAAUCCUCCAGAUGAUGAUGGAGGUGAUCCACUCACAGGAUACAUCGUUGAAGCUCAAGAUAUGGACAACAAGGGAAAAUACAUUGAAGUUGGAAAGGUUGAUCCAAACACCACUACCCUCAAAGUUAAUGGACUCCGUAACAAGGGAAAUUACAAGUUCCGCGUGAAGGCAGUCAACAACGAAGGAGAAUCUGAGCCACUUUCUGCUGAUCAGUACACUCAGAUCAAGGAUCCUUGGGAUGAACCAGGAAAGCCUGGAAGACCAGAAAUUACCGAUUUCGAUGCGGAUAGAAUUGACAUUGCCUGGGAGCCACCACACAAAGAUGGAGGAGCUCCAAUCGAGGAGUAUAUUGUCGAAGUUCGUGAUCCAGAUACCAAAGAAUGGAAGGAAGUCAAGAGAGUUCCAGACACCAAUGCAUCAAUUUCUGGAUUGAAGGAAGGAAAGGAAUAUCAGUUCAGAGUUCGGGCUGUUAACAAGGCUGGGCCUGGACAACCUUCCGAACCAUCAGAGAAGCAAUUGGCUAAGCCAAAAUUCAUCCCGGCAUGGUUGAAACACGACAAUUUGAAAUCUAUCACCGUAAAGGCUGGAGCCACUGUUCGUUGGGAAGUCAAAAUUGGAGGAGAACCAAUUCCAGAAGUCAAAUGGUUUAAAGGCAAUCAACAACUCGAAAACGGAAUUCAACUUACAAUUGAUACUCGCAAAAAUGAGCACACUAUUCUGUGCAUUCCAUCUGCAAUGCGAUCUGAUGUUGGAGAGUAUCGAUUGACUGUCAAGAACUCGCAUGGAGCUGAUGAAGAGAAGGCUAACCUUACCGUUUUGGACAGACCAAGCAAACCAAAUGGGCCACUUGAAGUUUCAGAUGUCUUUGAAGAUAAUCUGAACCUUUCUUGGAAGCCACCAGAUGAUGACGGAGGUGAGCCAAUCGAAUAUUAUGAAGUCGAGAAGCUUGAUACUGCCACUGGAAGAUGGGUUCCAUGCGCCAAAGUUAAGGAUACGAAGGCUCAUAUUGAUGGUCUCAAGAAGGGACAAACAUAUCAGUUCCGUGUCAAGGCUGUCAAUAAGGAAGGAGCUUCUGAUGCAUUGUCUACUGAUAAGGACACCAAAGCCAAGAAUCCAUAUGAUGAGCCAGGAAAAACCGGAACUCCGGAUGUUGUCGACUGGGAUGCUGAUCGUGUCUCACUUGAAUGGGAACCACCAAAGUCUGACGGAGGAGCUCCAAUCACUCAAUACGUCAUUGAGAAGAAGGGCAAACAUGGAAGAGACUGGCAAGAAUGCGGAAAGGUUUCUGGAGAUCAAACCAAUGCUGAGAUUCUUGGACUCAAGGAGGGAGAAGAGUACCAGUUCCGUGUGAAGGCUGUUAACAAGGCCGGACCGGGAGAGGCUUCAGACCCAAGCCGAAAGGUUGUUGCAAAGCCAAGAAACUUGAAGCCAUGGAUUGAUCGUGAAGCAAUGAAGACGAUCACUAUCAAGGUAGGAAACGAUGUGGAAUUCGAUGUUCCAGUACGCGGAGAACCACCACCGAAGAAGGAAUGGAUCUUCAAUGAGAAACCAGUCGAUGAUCAAAAGAUCAGGAUUGAAAGCGAAGACUACAAGACCCGAUUUGUGCUCCGUGGAGCAACUCGCAAGCAUGCUGGUUUGUACACUCUUACUGCUACCAACGCUUCUGGAAGCGACAAACAUUCCGUUGAGGUCAUUGUGCUCGGAAAACCAUCUAGCCCAUUGGGACCUUUGGAAGUGUCGAAUGUCUACGAAGAUCGCGCAGAUUUGGAGUGGAAAGUACCAGAAGAUGACGGAGGUGCUCCAAUUGAUCAUUAUGAAAUCGAAAAGAUGGAUUUGGCAACUGGAAGAUGGGUCCCAUGUGGAAGAAGUGAAACAACAAAGACCACAGUUCCAAAUCUUCAACCCGGACACGAAUACAAAUUCCGUGUCAGAGCUGUGAACAAGGAGGGAGAAUCCGAUCCACUCACAACCAACACCGCAAUCCUCGCCAAGAACCCAUACGAGGUUCCAGGAAAAGUUGACAAGCCGGAAUUGGUGGACUGGGAUAAGGAUCAUGUUGAUCUUGCAUGGAAUGCUCCAGACGAUGGUGGUGCACCAAUUGAAGCUUUCGUCAUUGAAAAGAAGGAUAAGAAUGGACGAUGGGAAGAAGCUCUCGUUGUUCCAGGAGAUCAGAAAACAGCAACUGUUCCAAAUCUUAAGGAGGGAGAAGAAUAUCAAUUCAGAAUUUCUGCUCGUAACAAGGCUGGAACUGGAGAUCCUUCUGAUCCUUCUGAUCGUGUUGUUGCGAAGCCAAGAAACCUUGCUCCAAGAAUUCAUCGUGAAGAUCUUUCUGAUACAACUGUCAAGGUCGGAGCCACUCUCAAGUUCAUUGUUCAUAUUGAUGGUGAGCCAGCACCAGAUGUAACAUGGUCAUUCAAUGGAAAAGGAAUCGGAGAGAGCAAGGCUCAAAUUGAAAAUGAGCCAUACAUCUCGAGAUUUGCUUUGCCAAAGGCACUUCGUAAGCAAAGUGGAAAAUAUACCAUCACUGCAACCAACAUUAAUGGAACUGACAGUGUCACUAUCAAUAUCAAGGUAAAAAGCAAGCCAACGAAACCAAAGGGACCAAUCGAGGUAACUGAUGUCUUCGAAGAUCGUGCAACUCUUGACUGGAAACCACCAGAGGAUGACGGAGGAGAGCCAAUUGAGUUCUAUGAAAUUGAAAAGAUGAACACCAAGGACGGAAUCUGGGUUCCAUGUGGACGUAGUGGAGAUACCCACUUCACAGUCGAUUCACUCAACAAGGGAGAUCAUUACAAGUUCCGUGUCAAGGCUGUCAACAGCGAAGGACCUUCUGAUCCAUUGGAAACUGAAACCGAUAUUUUGGCUAAAAAUCCAUUUGAUCGUCCAGAUAGACCAGGUCGUCCAGAGCCAACUGAUUGGGAUUCUGAUCAUGUUGAUCUCAAGUGGGAUCCACCACUUUCUGAUGGCGGCGCUCCAAUUGAGGAGUACCAAAUUGAGAAGAGAACCAAAUACGGAAGAUGGGAACCAGCCAUCACUGUUCCUGGCGGUCAGACAACUGCAACCGUUCCAGACCUCACACCAAAUGAGGAAUACGAAUUCCGUGUUGUUGCUGUUAACAAGGGAGGCCCAUCUGAUCCAUCUGAUGCUAGCAAGGCUGUUAUUGCUAAACCAAGAAACUUGAAGCCACACAUCGACAGAGAUGCUCUCAAGAAUCUGACUAUCAAGGCUGGUCAAUCAAUUUCCUUCGAUGUUCCAGUAUCAGGAGAACCUGCACCAACAGUCACAUGGCAUUGGCCAGACAACAGGGAAAUCAGAAAUGGAGGACGCGUCAAGCUUGAUAACCCAGAAUACCAAUCAAAGCUGGUUGUGAAGCAAAUGGAACGUGGAGACAGUGGAACUUUCACUAUCAAAGCUGUCAAUGCAAAUGGAGAAGAUGAAGCAACUGUUAAGAUCAAUGUUAUUGACAAGCCAACUUCUCCAAAUGGUCCAUUAGAUGUUUCCGAUGUUCAUGGUGAUCAUGUCACUUUGAAUUGGCGUGCACCAGAUGAUGAUGGAGGUAUUCCAAUUGAAAACUAUGUGAUCGAAAAGUACGAUACUGCAAGUGGAAGAUGGGUUCCAGCUGCAAAGGUCGCUGGAGAUAAGACUACAGCUGUUGUUGACGGUCUUAUUCCUGGACAUGAAUAUAAAUUCCGUGUCGCUGCCGUCAAUGCUGAAGGAGAGUCCGAUCCAUUGGAGACCUUCGGAACCACACUUGCCAAAGAUCCAUUUGACAAGCCAGGAAAGACAAAUGCUCCUGAAAUUACUGAUUGGGAUAAGGAUCAUGUUGACCUUGAAUGGAAGCCACCAGCAAACGACGGUGGUGCUCCAAUCGAGGAAUACGUUGUUGAGAUGAAGGACGAGUUCUCGCCAUUCUGGAAUGACGUUGCUCAUGUUCCAGCUGGACAAACGAAUGCUACUGUUGGAAAUCUCAAGGAAGGAUCAAAGUACGAAUUCAGAAUCCGUGCCAAGAACAAGGCAGGAUUGGGAGAUCCAUCUGAUUCAGCAUCAGCUGUUGCAAAGGCUAGAAAUGUUCCACCAGUCAUCGAUCGUAACUCGAUUCAAGAAAUCAAGGUCAAGGCUGGACAAGACUUCUCAUUGAACAUUCCAGUCAGUGGUGAACCAACUCCAACAAUUACUUGGACUUUCGAAGGAACACCAGUCGAAUCUGAUGAUCGUAUGAAGUUGAACAAUGAAGACGGCAAGACUAAAUUCCAUGUGAAGAGAGCUUUGCGUUCGGAUACAGGAACCUAUAUCAUCAAGGCAGAGAACGAGAAUGGAACUGACACUGCUGAAGUGAAGGUUACUGUUCUUGAUCAUCCAUCAAGCCCACGUGGACCUCUCGAUGUCACUAAUAUUGUCAAGGAUGGAUGUGAUCUUGCAUGGAAGGAACCAGAAGAUGAUGGAGGAGCUGAAAUCAGUCACUAUGUCAUUGAAAAGCAAGAUGCUGCCACUGGCAGAUGGACUGCUUGCGGAGAGAGCAAGGAUACCAACUUCCACGUUGACGAUUUGACUCAAGGGCAUGAAUAUAAAUUCCGUGUCAAGGCUGUUAACAGACAUGGAGAUUCGGAUCCAUUGGAGGCUCGUGAAGCUAUUAUCGCCAAGGAUCCAUUCGAUCGUGCUGAUAAGCCAGGAACUCCAGAAAUUGUGGACUGGGACAAGGAUCAUGCAGAUCUCAAGUGGACUCCACCAGCUGAUGAUGGAGGUGCUCCAAUCGAAGGAUAUCUCGUUGAAAUGAGAACUCCAUCAGGAGACUGGGUACCAGCUGUCACGGUUGGAGCCGGUGAGCUCACUGCUACAGUUGAUGGCUUGAAACCAGGUCAGACUUACCAAUUCCGUGUCAAGGCUUUGAACAAGGCUGGAGAAUCGACUCCAUCUGAUCCUAGCAGAACCAUGGUUGCUAAGCCACGUCAUCUUGCUCCAAAGAUCAACAGAGAUAUGUUUGUUGCUCAAAGAGUUAAGGCUGGUCAAACUCUUAACUUUGAUGUAAAUGUUGAAGGAGAGCCAGCUCCAAAGAUCGAAUGGUUCUUGAACGGAUCUCCAUUGUCAUCUGGUGGAAAUACCCAUAUCGACAAUAACACUGACAACAACACCAAGUUGACAACAAAGAGCACUGCUCGUGCCGAUAGUGGAAAAUACAAAAUUGUGGCUACCAAUGAAAGUGGAAAAGAUGAACAUGAGGUUGAUGUCAACAUUCUUGACAUCCCUGGUGCACCAGAAGGGCCACUUCGUCACAAGGAUAUUACCAAGGAGAGUGUUGUGCUGAAAUGGGAUGAACCAUUGGAUGAUGGAGGUUCUCCAAUUACCAACUACGUAGUUGAGAAACAAGAAGACGGAGGUCGAUGGGUACCAUGUGGAGAAACAUCUGAUACUUCUCUGAAGGUUAACAAACUAUCCGAAGGACAUGAAUACAAGUUCCGUGUGAAAGCAGUAAACCGUCAAGGAACAUCUGCUCCAUUGACUUCUGAUCAUGCAAUUGUUGCUAAGAAUCCAUUCGAUGAACCAGAUGCACCAACUGAUGUUACCCCAGUUGAUUGGGAUAAGGAUCAUGUUGAUCUUGAAUGGAAGCCACCAGCAAACGACGGUGGUGCACCAAUUGAUGCUUACAUCGUUGAGAAGAAGGACAAGUUUGGAGACUGGGUUGAGUGUGCACGUGUUGAUGGAAAGACAACAAAGGCAACUGCUGAUAAUUUGACUCCAGGAGAGACUUAUCAGUUCCGUGUGAAGGCUGUCAAUAAGGCUGGGCCAGGAAAACCAUCUGAUCCAACAGGAAAUGUUGUUGCCAAACCAAGAAGAAUGGCUCCAAAACUUAACCUCGCCGGACUUUUGGAUCUCCGUAUCAAGGCUGGAACACCCAUCAAGCUCGAUAUCGCAUUCGAAGGAGAGCCAGCCCCAGUUGCUAAAUGGAAGGCCAACGAUGCAACAAUCGAUACAGGAGCAAGAGCUGAUGUUACGAACACACCAACAUCCUCAGCAAUUCACAUCUUCUCUGCUGUUCGUGGAGAUACUGGAGUUUACAAAAUCAUUGUUGAAAAUGAGCAUGGAAAAGAUACUGCUCAGUGCAAUGUUACUGUUCUUGAUGUACCAGGAACUCCAGAAGGACCACUCAAGAUUGACGAGAUCCAUAAGGAAGGAUGUACAUUGAACUGGAAGCCUCCAACUGAUAACGGAGGAACUGAUGUUCUUCACUACAUUGUUGAGAAGAUGGAUACUUCUCGUGGAACAUGGCAGGAAGUCGGAACUUUCCCAGAUUGUACAGCCAAGGUUAAUAAGCUUGUUCCUGGAAAGGAAUACGCAUUCCGUGUCAAGGCAGUCAAUCUUCAAGGAGAAUCAAAACCAUUGGAAGCUGAAGAACCAAUUAUUGCAAAGAAUCAAUUUGAUGUUCCUGAUCCAGUUGACAAACCAGAGGUUACUGACUGGGAUAAGGAUAGAAUUGAUAUUAAGUGGAACCCAACUGCAAACAAUGGAGGAGCUCCAGUCACUGGAUAUAUUGUUGAGAAGAAGGAGAAGGGAAGCGCAAUCUGGACAGAAGCCGGAAAGACUCCUGGAACAACAUUCAGUGCUGAUAACCUGAAACCGGGAGUUGAAUACGAGUUCCGUGUUAUUGCUGUCAAUGCUGCAGGACCAUCUGAUCCAUCCGAUCCAACUGACCCGCAAAUCACCAAGGCUCGCUACUUGAAACCAAAGAUCUUAACUGCUAGCAGAAAAAUCAAGAUAAAGGCUGGAUUCACUCAUAACUUGGAAGUCGAUUUCAUUGGAGCUCCCGAUCCAACUGCCACUUGGACUGUUGGAGAUUCUGGAGCAGCUCUUGCUCCAGAACUUCUUGUUGAUGCCAAGAGCUCGACUACGUCAAUAUUCUUCCCAUCUGCUAAACGUGCAGACAGUGGAAACUACAAGUUGAAGGUUAAGAAUGAGUUGGGAGAGGAUGAAGCUAUCUUCGAGGUCAUUGUUCAAGAUAGACCGUCUGCUCCAGAAGGACCACUUGAAGUUUCUGAUGUCACUAAGGAUAGUUGUGUUCUCAAUUGGAAACCACCAAAGGAUGAUGGAGGUGCUGAAAUCAGCAACUAUGUCGUUGAGAAGAGAGAUACAAAGACCAACACCUGGGUUCCAGUUUCUGCAUUUGUCACUGGAACCUCAAUCACUGUUCCAAAACUCACGGAAGGCCACGAAUACGAGUUCCGUGUUAUGGCUGAGAACACCUUUGGUAGAUCUGAUUCAUUGAACACCGAUGAGCCAGUUCUUGCAAAGGAUCCAUUUGGAACACCAGGAAAGCCAGGAAGACCAGAAAUUGUUGAUACUGAUAAUGAUCAUAUCGAUAUCAAAUGGGAUCCUCCACGUGACAACGGUGGAUCACCAGUUGAUCAUUACGACAUUGAGAGGAAGGAUGCAAAGACUGGACGCUGGAUCAAGGUUAACACAUCUCCAGUUCAAGGUACUGCAUUCUCGGAUACUCGUGUUCAAAAGGGUCAUACCUAUGAAUACCGUGUCGUUGCCGUCAACAAAGCUGGGCCAGGACAACCAUCAGAUUCGUCUGCGGCUGCUACUGCUAAGCCAAUGCAUGAGGCUCCGAAGUUCGAUUUGGAUUUGGAUGGAAAGGAAUUCCGUGUGAAGGCCGGAGAACCAUUGGUUAUUACUAUUCCAUUCACUGCAUCCCCACAACCAGACAUUUCAUGGACCAAGGAGGGAGGAAAACCAUUGGCUGGAGUUGAAACAACUGAUUCUCAGACCAAGUUGGUUAUUCCAUCUACCAGAAGAUCUGAUUCUGGACCAGUCAAAAUCAAGGCCGUCAAUCCAUACGGAGAAGCUGAAGCAAACAUCAAGAUCACAGUUAUCGACAAACCAGGAGCUCCAGAAAACAUUACUUACCCAGCUGUCAGCAGACACACUUGCACUCUCAAUUGGGAUGCUCCAAAGGACGAUGGAGGCGCCGAAAUCGCUGGAUACAAAAUUGAAUAUCAAGAAGUCGGGUCUCAGAUUUGGGAUAAGGUUCCUGGACUCAUUUCCGGAACUGCUUAUACUGUUCGUGGACUUGAGCACGGUCAACAAUACCGUUUCAGAAUCCGCGCAGAGAAUGCAGUCGGACUUUCUGAUUACUGCCAAGGUGUUCCAGUUGUUAUCAAGGAUCCAUUCGACCCACCAGGUGCACCAAGUACUCCAGAAAUCACUGGAUACGAUACCAAUCAAGUAUCCCUGGCAUGGAACCCACCAAGAGACGACGGUGGUUCUCCAAUUUUGGGAUAUGUCGUUGAACGUUUUGAGAAGAGAGGUGGCGGUGAUUGGGCUCCAGUCAAGAUGCCAAUGGUCAAGGGAACUGAAUGCAUUGUGCCAGGACUUCAUGAGAAUGAAACCUACCAAUUCCGAGUACGUGCCGUGAAUGCUGCUGGACAUGGAGAACCAAGUAACGGAUCUGAGCCAGUCACCUGCAGACCUUAUGUCGAGAAACCAGGUGCACCAGAUGCUCCAAGAGUUGGAAAGAUUACCAAAAACUCUGCUGAGCUUACCUGGAAUAGACCAUUGAGAGAUGGAGGUGCACCAAUUGAUGGAUACAUUGUUGAAAAGAAGAAGCUUGGAGAUAAUGAUUGGACCAGAUGCAAUGAUAAACCAGUUCGUGAUACAGCCUUUGAAGUCAAGAAUCUUGGUGAAAAGGAAGAAUACGAGUUCCGUGUUAUCGCUGUCAAUAGCGCCGGAGAAGGUGAACCAUCCAAGCCAUCCGAUUUGGUGCUCAUCGAGGAACAACCAGGACGACCAAUCUUCGAUAUCAACAAUCUCAAGGAUAUCACUGUCCGUGCUGGAGAAACAAUCCAAAUUCGUAUUCCAUAUGCUGGAGGAAAUCCAAAACCAAUUAUUGAUCUGUUCAACGGAAACUCUCCGAUCUUCGAGAACGAGAGAACUGUUGUUGAUGUCAAUCCAGGAGAAAUCGUUAUCACCACUACCGGAUCAAAGAGAUCGGAUGCUGGUCCAUACAAGAUUUCUGCCACUAACAAAUACGGAAAAGAUACUUGCAAGCUUAAUGUCUUCGUUCUUGAUGCUCCAGGAAAACCAACUGGACCAAUCCGUGCUACUGACAUUCAAGCCGAUGCAAUGACGCUUUCAUGGAGACCACCAAAGGAUAAUGGAGGAGAUGCUAUCACCAAUUAUGUCGUUGAAAAGAGAACUCCAGGCGGUGACUGGGUCACUGUCGGACAUCCUGUUGGAACAACUCUUCGUGUCCGCAAUUUGGAUGCCAAUACUCCUUACGAAUUCCGUGUUCGCGCUGAAAAUCAAUAUGGAGUUGGAGAGCCACUUGAAACUGAUGACGCAAUUGUUGCCAAGAAUCCGUUCGAUACUCCAGGAGCUCCAGGACAACCAGAAGCCGUUGAAACUUCGGAGGAAGCAAUUACACUUCAAUGGACAAGACCAACAUCUGAUGGAGGAGCUCCAAUUCAAGGAUAUGUGAUUGAGAAGAGAGAAGUCGGAUCAACUGAAUGGACGAAAGCUGCAUUUGGAAACAUCCUUGACACAAAACAUCGUGUCACUGGACUCACUCCAAAGAAGACCUACGAAUUCAGAGUUGCAGCUUACAAUGCAGCUGGACAAGGAGAAUACAGUGUUAACUCUGUUCCAAUUACAGCUGAUAAUGCUCCAACAAGACCGAAGAUCAACAUGGGAAUGCUUACUCGCGAUAUCCUCGCUUACGCUGGAGAACGUGCAAAGAUUCUUGUUCCAUUUGCUGCUUCACCUGCUCCGAAAGUCACUUUCUCGAAGGGUGAGAAUAAGAUCAGCCCAACUGAUCCAAGAGUGAAGGUUGAGUACAGUGACUUCUUGGCUACAUUGACGAUCGAGAAGUCUGAACUUACUGAUGGUGGACUCUACUUUGUUGAACUUGAAAAUAGUCAAGGAAGUGAUUCUGCUAGUAUCAGAUUGAAGGUUGUUGAUAAACCAGCUUCACCACAACACAUCCGAGUAGAGGAUAUUGCACCAGACUGCUGCACUCUUUACUGGAUGCCACCAUCAUCUGAUGGAGGAUCGCCAAUCACAAACUACAUCGUUGAGAAGCUUGAUCUUCGUCAUUCUGAUGGAAAGUGGGAGAAGGUUUCUUCAUUCGUUCGCAAUUUGAACUACACUGUUGGAGGACUUAUCAAGGACAACCGUUAUCGUUUCCGUGUUCGUGCCGAGACCCAAUACGGAGUUUCAGAACCAUGUGAGCUUGCUGAUGUCGUCGUUGCCAAGUAUCAGUUCGAGGUUCCAAAUCAACCAGAAGCUCCAACUGUUCGCGACAAGGACUCCACUUGGGCCGAGUUGGAAUGGGAUCCACCAAGAGAUGGAGGAUCAAAGAUCAUUGGAUACCAAGUUCAAUACAGAGAUACUUCUUCUGGAAGAUGGAUCAAUGCCAAGAUGGAUCUUUCCGAACAAUGCCAUGCUCGUGUCACUGGACUUCGUCAAAAUGGAGAAUUUGAAUUCAGAAUCAUUGCAAAGAAUGCAGCUGGAUUCUCGAAACCAUCUCCACCAUCUGAAAGAUGUCAGCUCAAGUCUCGAUUUGGACCACCAGGUCCACCAAUUCAUGUUGGAGCCAAGUCAAUUGGCCGCAACCAUUGUACAAUUACCUGGAUGGCGCCAUUGGAAGAUGGAGGAUCAAAGAUCACAGGAUACAACGUUGAAAUUCGUGAAUACGGAAGUACAUUGUGGACUGUUGCUAGCGACUAUAACGUUCGUGAACCUGAAUUCACAGUUGACAAACUCAGGGAGUUCAAUGAUUAUGAAUUCCGUGUUGUUGCAAUCAAUGCUGCUGGAAAGGGAAUUCCAUCUCUUCCAUCUGGACCAAUCAAGAUUCAGGAAUCCGGUGGAAGUCGCCCACAAAUCGUUGUCAAGCCAGAAGACACUGCUCAACCAUACAACAGAAGAGCCGUGUUCACUUGCGAAGCUGUCGGAAGACCAGAACCAACUGCAAGAUGGCUUAGAAAUGGAAGAGAACUUCCAGAGAGUAGCAGAUAUAGAUUCGAAGCAAGUGAUGGAGUCUACAAGUUCACUAUCAAGGAAGUUUGGGACAUUGAUGCUGGAGAGUACACAGUCGAGGUGUCCAAUCCAUAUGGAAGCGACACUGCCACUGCUAACCUUGUUGUUCAAGCUCCCCCAGUCAUCGAGAAAGAUGUUCCAAACACAAUUCUUCCAAGUGGAGAUCUUGUUCGUCUGAAGAUUUACUUCUCGGGAACCGCACCAUUCCGUCAUAGUUUGGUAUUGAACAGAGAAGAAAUUGACAUGGAUCAUCCAACAAUUAGAAUAGUUGAAUUCGAUGAUCAUAUCUUGAUCACAAUUCCAGCCUUAUCAGUGAGAGAAGCCGGACGUUACGAGUACACCGUUUCCAAUGACUCUGGAGAAGCUACCACUGGAUUCUGGCUCAACGUUACAGGACUUCCAGAGGCUCCACAAGGACCAUUGCACAUUAGUAACAUCGGACCAAGCACUGCCACAUUGUCAUGGAGACCACCUGUCACAGAUGGAGGUUCGAAGAUUACCAGCUAUGUCGUUGAAAAGAGAGAUCUUUCAAAGGAUGAAUGGGUAACUGUUACAUCAAACGUCAAGGACAUGAACUACAUCGUUACUGGAUUGUUCGAAAAUCACGAGUACGAAUUCAGAGUAUCUGCUCAAAAUGAGAACGGAAUUGGAGCCCCACUUGUUAGUGAGCAUCCAAUUAUUGCUCGUCUUCCAUUCGAUCCACCAACUUCACCAUUGAACUUGGAAAUCGUUCAAGUUGGAGGAGACUACGUCACACUUUCAUGGCAACGACCAUUAUCUGAUGGUGGAGGUCGCCUUCGUGGAUACAUUGUUGAAAAACAAGAGGAAGAGCAUGAUGAAUGGUUCAGAUGCAAUCAGAACCCAUCUCCACCAAAUAACUACAAUGUUCCAAAUCUCAUCGACGGAAGAAAGUAUAGAUACCGAGUAUUUGCUGUCAAUGAUGCAGGACUUUCCGAUCUAGCCGAGCUUGAUCAAACUUUGUUCCAAGCAUCCGGUUCUGGAGAAGGACCAAAGAUUGUCAGUCCAUUGAGCGAUUUGAACGAAGAAGUUGGAAGAUGUGUCACAUUUGAGUGUGAAAUCAGUGGAUCUCCAAGACCUGAAUACAGAUGGUUCAAGGGAUGCAAGGAACUUGUUGACACCAGCAAGUACACUCUUAUUAAUAAGGGAGACAAGCAAGUCCUUAUUAUCAAUGACUUAACGUCUGAUGAUGCUGAUGAAUACACAUGCCGUGCCACCAACUCUUCAGGAACUCGUAGUACCAGAGCCAAUUUGCGUAUCAAGACCAAGCCACGUGUGUUCAUUCCACCAAAAUAUCAUGGAGGAUAUGAGGCGCAGAAGGGAGAAACUAUUGAGUUGAAGAUUCCAUACAAAGCAUAUCCACAAGGAGAAGCCAGAUGGACAAAGGAUGGAGAGAAGAUUGAGAACAACAGCAAGUUCAGCAUCACUACUGAUGAUAAGUUUGCUACCCUCCGAAUCUCGAAUGCCAGUCGUGAGGAUUAUGGAGAAUACCGAGUUGUCGUUGAGAACUCAGUUGGAUCUGACUCUGGAACUGUUAAUGUCACUGUCGCCGACGUACCUGAACCACCAAGAUUCCCGAUUAUCGAGAACAUUCUUGAUGAAGCUGUCAUCUUAUCCUGGAAGCCACCAGCACUUGAUGGAGGAUCGUUGGUUACCAACUAUACCAUUGAGAAGAGAGAGGCGAUGGGAGGAUCAUGGAGUCCAUGUGCCAAGAGUCGUUACACCUACACAACAAUUGAAGGACUUCGUGCUGGAAAGCAGUAUGAAUUCAGAAUCAUUGCUGAGAACAAACACGGACAAUCGAAACCAUGUGAGCCAACAGCUCCAGUUUUGAUUCCAGGAGAUGAGCGUAAACGCAGGCGAGGAUAUGAUGUUGAUGAACAAGGAAAGAUUGUACGUGGAAAAGGAACCGUUUCUUCUAAUUAUGACAACUACGUUUUUGAUAUCUGGAAGCAAUAUUACCCACAACCAGUAGAAAUCAAGCAUGAUCAUGUUCUGGACCACUACGAUAUUCAUGAAGAGCUCGGAACAGGAGCAUUUGGAGUUGUGCACAGAGUAACUGAAAGAGCAACUGGAAACAACUUUGCUGCGAAAUUCGUAAUGACUCCACAUGAAUCUGACAAGGAAACUGUCAGAAAAGAGAUUCAAACCAUGUCAGUUUUGAGACACCCGACGCUUGUGAACCUUCAUGAUGCUUUCGAGGAUGACAAUGAAAUGGUCAUGAUUUACGAGUUCAUGAGUGGUGGAGAACUCUUCGAGAAGGUUGCUGAUGAGCACAAUAAGAUGAGUGAAGAUGAAGCUGUUGAGUACAUGAGACAAGUCUGUAAGGGACUCUGUCAUAUGCAUGAGAACAACUACGUACAUUUGGAUUUGAAGCCAGAGAACAUCAUGUUCACAACGAAGAGAAGCAACGAGCUGAAAUUGAUUGAUUUUGGACUCACCGCCCAUCUUGAUCCAAAACAAUCCGUCAAGGUUACAACAGGAACUGCCGAAUUUGCCGCUCCAGAAGUUGCCGAAGGCAAGCCAGUCGGUUAUUACACCGAUAUGUGGAGCGUUGGAGUUCUCUCUUACAUUCUUCUUUCCGGACUUUCACCAUUUGGAGGAGAGAACGAUGAUGAAACAUUGAGGAAUGUUAAGAGCUGUGACUGGAAUAUGGACGAUUCCGCUUUCUCUGGAAUCUCCGAAGACGGAAAAGAUUUCAUCCGAAAGCUUCUUCUUGCUGAUCCAAAUACCAGAAUGACUAUUCAUCAAGCUUUGGAGCACCCAUGGUUGACACCAGGAAAUGCUCCAGGACGUGACUCUCAAAUUCCAAGCAGCAGAUACACUAAGAUCCGUGAUUCAAUCAAGACCAAAUACGAUGCUUGGCCAGAACCACUGCCACCACUUGGAAGAAUCUCAAAUUAUUCAUCAUUGAGAAAGCAUAGACCACAAGAGUACUCAAUUCGUGACGCCUUCUGGGAUCGAUCUGAAGCUCAACCACGAUUCAUUGUGAAGCCUUACGGAACUGAAGUUGGAGAGGGACAAUCUGCUAAUUUCUAUUGCAGAGUUAUUGCAUCUUCACCACCAGUUGUUACUUGGCAUAAGGAUGAUAGAGAAUUGAAGCAGAGUGUGAAAUAUAUGAAGAGGUACAAUGGAAAUGAUUAUGGACUUACCAUUAACCGAGUAAAGGGAGAUGAUAAGGGAGAAUACACAGUCCGUGCAAAGAACUCAUACGGAACCAAGGAAGAAAUUGUAUUCUUGAAUGUUACCCGUCACUCUGAACCACUCAAAUUCGAGCCAUUGGAGCCGAUGAAGAAGGCACCAAGUCCACCAAGAGUUGAAGAAUUCAAGGAGAGAAGAUCUGCACCCUUCUUCACAUUCCAUCUCAGAAAUCGUUUGAUUCAAAAGAACCAUCAGUGCAAAUUGACAUGUUCUUUGCAAGGAAACCCUAAUCCAACAAUUGAAUGGAUGAAGGACGGACAUCCAGUUGACGAAGAUCGUGUUCAAGUUUCUUUCCGAAGUGGUGUAUGCUCACUUGAGAUCUUUAAUGCUCGUGUUGAUGACGCUGGAACAUACACAGUCACUGCCACCAAUGACUUGGGAGUUGAUGUCUCCGAGUGUGUACUCACAGUUCAAACUAAAGGAGGUGAACCAAUUCCACGUGUUUCUUCGUUCAGACCCCGAAGAGCUUAUGACACAUUAUCAACUGGAACUGAUGUCGAAAGAUCACAUUCGUAUGCUGAUAUGAGAAGAAGAUCCCUUAUUCGUGAUGUAUCACCAGAUGUACGAUCAGCCGCUGAUGAUCUCAAGACAAAGAUCACAAAUGAACUUCCAUCGUUCACAGCUCAACUUUCGGAUUCUGAAACUGAAGUUGGAGGAUCUGCUGAGUUUUCGGCGGCAGUCUCUGGACAACCUGAACCACUUAUCGAAUGGCUUCAUAAUGGAGAAAGAAUCUCGGAAUCCGACUCAAGGUUCCGUGCCUCGUAUGUUGCUGGAAAAGCAACGUUGCGAAUCAGUGACGCCAAGAAGUCGGAUGAAGGACAAUAUCUGUGCCGUGCUUCAAACUCUGCAGGACAAGAACAAACCAGAGCAACAUUGACAGUGAAAGGAGAUCAACCACUUCUCAAUGGACACGCUGGACAGGCUGUUGAAAGUGAACUUCGUGUAACAAAGCACUUGGGAGGAGAAAUUGUGAAUAAUGGAGAGUCAGUUACAUUUGAAGCUAGAGUGCAAGGAACACCAGAAGAAGUGUUAUGGAUGAGAAAUGGACAAGAAUUGACAAAUGGAGAUAAGACAAGCAUCAGUCAAGAUGGUGAAACACUAUCUUUCACUAUCAACUCAGCAGACGCAUCAGAUGCCGGACACUACCAACUGGAAGUUCGUUCAAAAGGAACAAAUCUCGUAUCUGUUGCAUCCCUGGUAGUAGUUGGAGAGAAAGCUGAUCCUCCAGUCACCAGGCUACCAUCCUCUGUCUCUGCUCCUCUCGGCGGAUCAACAGCAUUUACGAUUGAAUUUGAAAAUGUUGAAGGUCUGACAGUACAAUGGUUCCGCGGAUCGGAAAAAAUUGAAAAGAAUGAACGGGUCAAAUCAGUCAAGACCGGAAACACCUUUAAGCUUGACAUUAAGAACGUCGAACAGGACGACGACGGCAUCUAUGUCGCCAAAGUAGUAAAAGAGAAGAAGGCAAUUGCAAAAUAUGCGGCAGCUCUUCUCCUUGUCUAAUCAUCCUGCCACCACCACUUUAAACUUCAUUAUAUUUGUAUCUAUUUUCUGUAGUCUUCACAUCUAGCCUCCUAUGUCUCUUUCUUUUAUUUUAAUUUCAAUUUCCAUUCUCUCCUCCUAAUUUCUGAAAUUUUCUCCGUUUUCGCCAAAUUUCUUUCGCCAUCCGAUAUUCGUGUUUGUUUUAUCGUUUUUUUUUCAAUCAAGUAAUAAGCCCGGCCCCUGUCAAAACGAUGCUUUCUUUAUUGUAAUCAUCCAAAAUUCUAAUUGAUUUUUCUUAACAUUUUUCCCUUUAAAAACACACAAACCUGCUUCAUUGUAAUUUUCGAGAAGUUUCAGUUUUUUUCAAUGUUUUCCAGCAAAACUUUACAAAAUUUUAAGUCAAAUUUCAAAACAUUUUUCUAUGAUUUAUCUGUUUUUAUUUCUUCAUUUUCCAUUUCCUUCAAUGAUUCAAGAAUUGGGACGCUUGUUUCAGAACGUGGAAUUUUAAUUUCAAUUGUUUCUCAUUUCUCCAUGAUUUCUCUUUUGUUUCCAUCUUUUUCAGUCAGAUUUUCAGUUUGGGACCCUGAAUCUCUCUGAUCCACUUUCCAUGAUUAGGUAUCAAUUCUUAAUAUUUGCUGAUUAUGCUUGAAUUCGGGACAAAUUCUUCAUAAGGUUGCAAUUUUUAUGUCUAUUUCUUGAGUAUUUUUCCAAUAGCUUUAGUUUGGUAGACUCCACAUAUCCUGGUGUUUUCUUUUCUCACGAUUUUUUCCAUUGUAUGCGUUCUGAAAUUUGACUUGAAAAUUUUCUGCUUCUUGUAGAUGCUCAAAAAACUUGAAAUUCUACUGAAACUGCUCAUCUUCUCUAAAAACUGUAAAUCUUUCAUCUAGUCAGUCUGAGGUGUUUUUAUUUCUCUCUAUUUUCUCUGGAAUUCAAAUGUUGUUCUAAUACAUAAUAAUAGUAAACGAAUAAUAUUGU